AUGGAACCGAACGGGAACCGUGGAAUCUGCAUCGCUCAGUCCCUGAAGAUCCCUCACGACCACAAGCAGGCUGAUUUUGACAAGAUUAUCCGACAGCUGCUGGAGACCCGUCAUGCCCGGGCGGUCAUUAUUUUCGCUUACGACGAAGACAUUCGGGGGAUCCUUAACGCUAGCAAAAGAGCCGAUCAAGUGGGCCAUUUCCUGUGGAUCGGCUCGGAUAGCUGGGGAGCCAAGAACAGCCCUAUUCAAGGCCUGGAGGACGCCGCCGUUGGUGCCGUCACCAUCCUGCCAAAAAGAGCCACUAUUGCUGAUUUCGACGCCUACUUUAUUUCACGCACGCUGGAGAACAACAGAAGAAACGUCUGGUUUGCUGAGUUCUGGGAGGAGAACUUCAACUGCAAGCUCAUGAGUUCCUCCAAGAAAGAAGACACUAGCAGAAAGUGCACAGGGCAAGAGCGAAUAGGAACAGACUCCAGAUACGAGCAAGAAGGGAAGGUGCAGUUUGUGAUAGACGCGGUGUAUGCCAUGGCUCACGCCCUGCACAACAUGCAGAAGGAACUUUGUCCUGACCAAUCGGGCAUUUGUGGGGAGAUGGAGCACGCUGGUGGCAAGAAGCUCCUCAAGUACAUCCGAUCGGUCAGCUUCAACGGGAGCGCCGGGACGUCCGUCACGUUCAAUCGGAACGGCGACGCACCGGGACGGUACGAUCUUUUCCAGUACCAGAUGAACAUCAACAGCACUCCCGGAUAUACAGUUAUUGGACAGUGGACAGAAACUCUCCAACUCCACAUCGAUGAGAUGCAGUGGGCCAACGGUGAGAUGGAAAUACCCAGCUCAGUCUGCAGUCUGCCCUGUAAGACGGGUCAACGCAAGAAGAUGGUGAAAGGCAUGCCGUGCUGCUGGCACUGCGAGCCCUGCGACGGCUACCAGUACCAGUAUGACGAGACGUCCUGCAAACUCUGCACUUACAACAUGCGUCCGAACGGCAACCGGACAGGAUGCCAGCCCAUCCCGAUCGUCAAGCUGGAGUGGCAUUCACCCUGGGCCGUCAUUCCCGUCUUCCUGGCUAUGCUCGGCAUCAUUGCCACCAUCUUUGUUAUGGCGACGUUCAUCCGCUACAAUGACACCCCGAUCGUACGAGCGUCUGGGAGGGAGCUCAGCUACGUUCUGCUGACAGGGAUAUUCUUGUGUUAUAUCAUCACGUUUGUAAUGAUCGCCACUCCGGACAUUGCCGUUUGCUCCUUCAGACGAAUCUUCCUUGGGUUAGGAAUGUGUAUUAGCUACGCCGCGCUCCUCACUAAGACCAAUCGAAUUUACCGCAUAUUCGAGGAAGGGAAGAAGUCGGUUUCUCCACCUAAACUGAUCAGCCCGACGUCUCAGUUAGCCAUCACCUCCAGCCUCAUCUCCAUCCAGCUCUUAGGGGUCCUCAUAUGGUUUGGAGUGGAUCCUCCGAACACCAUAAUCGAUUACGACGAGCAGAAGACCAUAAACCCCGACAAGGCCCGAGGGGUUCUCAAGUGUGACAUUACGGACCUUCAAAUCAUUUGCUCUCUAGGAUACAGCAUCUUGCUGAUGGUAACAUGUACGGUUUACGCCAUCAAGACGCGAGGCGUUCCGGAGAACUUCAACGAAGCCAAACCCAUCGGCUUCACCAUGUACACCACCUGCAUUGUGUGGCUCGCCUUCAUUCCCAUUUUCUUUGGGACGGCACAAUCUGCAGAAAAGCUCUACAUCCAGACCACCACGCUGACCAUCUCCAUGAAUCUGAGCGCUUCUGUGGCUCUGGGAAUGCUCUACAUGCCCAAGGUCUACGUCAUCAUCUUCCACCCGGAGCUCAACGUGCAGAAACGCAAGCGCAGCUUCAAGGCCGUGGUGACGGCGGCCACCAUGUCCUCACGUCUGUCACACAAACCCAGCGACCGGCCGAACGGCGAGGCCAAAACCGAACUGUGUGAAAAUGUUGAUCCCAACAGUCCGGCUGCUAAGAAGAAAUAUGUGAGCUACAAUGACCUUGUGAUCUGAGGGCCUCCAUCACAGGAGGAAGGUGAUCGAUGGCACUUCCUGGUUUCUCUCGGCUCUUUGGAACAAAAGUAAAGCAGGAAAAAGCUUUCGGUGUCCUUCCGUUUUCAUCCUUAUUUCGUCCGAGGGCCAGGACAGCGAUUGGGCCCAAAGCUAAACCAACGACAGAGGAUAUCAGUUGAUUUUCAACACAUAAGACAGCAAAACCACCC